ACCAGACUAUCAGCCAUUAGUAGAUAAUAAAAGAAUAAUAGAGAAUUUACAAGAGAGAAUAACAUUAAUGAAUAUGGAACUAAUUACUAAACGAGAGCACGAUGCAAGGAUUGUAAAAGAUAUUAGAGAUUUAGAGGUUAAAGACAAAGAGACUAGUGAUGAAGAGAUUGAGUAUGAUGGUCUGAAUGAUGAAAUGAAGGAUCAAAUUUGUUCAUUCCAAUUAUAUUGUAAUCAUCCUGUUACUGGAGAAUUUUUGGAGUCCAUUCUUGAAGUGCAUAAAGAUGAAUUACUACCCACAGUACUGGAUAAAGCUUAUGAGUUAAUGAAAUUAGCUCCUCAUAUUCCUAUUGAGAGAUGUCGUUUAGUUAAAUAUUAUUAUUUGCAUGAUUUAAUGGAGCAAUCCUUGGAUCUUGAUGAGUUUCAGCAUCAAACUAUUGGGCAGAUUGUGGGUGGGGCUAAACAUUAUUUUCCUUUUGACUUAUUCAUUGAAACUCGUGAAGAAAAUGAAAUUUUUGAUAAAUACAAUGAUGGAGGUAUUAAUCUAAAUAUAUCAGUGGCUGAUCUGUCAACUGGUGAAGUAGGGCUAUCUAAACCAGUGAGAGUUGAAGAAGGUUGGACUGUUGGAGAAUUAAAACAACAUAUAGGAGAAGUAUAUAGUCUCAAUUCAUCAUGCAUGAGAUUAGUAAUGGAGAAUCAUGAUGGUGUUACUGAUAUUAGUGAUCUAGGAUGUACUUUGGACAAGAUAUUGAGAAAGUCAACAUACGAAAACAGACAAUUAGUGUAUGUAUCAUCAGAUCUUAAAGAUUAUCAAAAAGAAUACAAAGAUAGUUUGAUGUACAAAUAUGUUGGUCUUCCUGUCAACUCAAUACUACUGGACAUUACAAUACCUCCUGGACCUGAAGCCACACCCACUAAAACUAAUGUAACUGGAGGAAGAAUAAAAAUGAAAAUUAUAUCAAUGGAAAAUAAAGGAAAAGAAAGAAAGAUACAGGUAUUGAUUGAUACUAGAAUAACAUUAGCUCAAUUGAAGGAGGAGCUAGUUCCACUGAUUGGUGCACCAUCUACUGGUUUUAUGGUGUAUAAAAUCAGAUAUAAUGAAGAAUAUGCAAUCGAAAGAAUGGAUGAGAUAUUAAAAUCUAGAUCAGAGUUGAUAAUAAGACUGGGUAGAGCAUUAAGAAGAGGAGAAAAAAGAAUAAAAUUAUAUUUAUUACAAGUUAACAAUACAGAAUUUUGUAAGUUUAUGAUGGAGUCUAUUUAUGCUGAGGGUACACCAGUGAGAGAAUUUAAGAAAAAAAUUAUUGAAGAAGCAAAAGUACAAGAAAUUGACUGUGUCCUUGAAUUAGACAAAAUGAGAUUACGUGCACAUGACAAGAGAGGAGUGUUCCCUCGUUUAGUAUAUCUUGAUCAUCAGUUGAUUAAUACUAGUAAUGAAAUGUAUGUGGAACCAUUGAAAGGACCAGAGAAGAAGCAUGAAGGACAGAGACAGGUGUAUGUUAUAAGAUGGUGUCCAUCACAAUGUUCAGUUGAUCCAAUAGAAGAAAUUAUACUGGAUAAUACAUAUGAUCCUAAGCAUGUUAUUGGAAAGCUUUCAGAGUUAAGUGGAGUUCCUGUUGAGUAUAUCUCUUUUUCACUGGGAAGAUCAUUUCCAGUUGAGAUAUCAUGUCUUGAUAUUGAGAAUAAGUUGAAAUGGCAUUCCAUCAGUUCAGACAGACCAUACUCAUUAGGACUAUAUAAUGAUGGAUAUGUCAUAUAUUACAAAGACAAUAGAGAGACAAUGAAAGAGUUAACAGAUGUGGAAGAGGAUUAA